AGCAUCGUUUUUUUUUUUUUAGGAAAACAACUGAUUGAACUAAGACAUUUCAACCUUUAUUAAGACAACCUUGGCUUUUAAAAAUAAAAUAUGAUGCACUUUGACAUUUGACUUUGAAACGUCAUCAAAUCAUAGAGAACGUUAGAGGACGCAUGCUUGAAAAUGCCCCAUUUUGAAAUAUUUGGCUUCGCGCAUGGAUAUCAGUAUAUAACUUGCAUUUAUUGAAUUUUUAUAUAUUUCCGACGCCUUCAUCCGUGAAAUCGUCGCUCGAAAUGCUCAGUUGUCCCCAUGACAUGUCAAACCUGGUCCGUCAAGUGUGCUUGUGAUGCGUUUCCGGUACAGCGAUAUUGCGCUUCUGUGUGCUCUGGACCAUUAGACUAGUCAUCUAACCUUCUUCAUGAGUCAAACAGUGUCUCUUUCGGCAGCAAGUAACCAAACGCCGGCCAUUACGUGUCUGUACGUGGUGCCGUAUGCGGAAGCAGCUGUAGGCGAGCUAGAACCGAAACAGAAAACUGUCUGGACGCAGGACAAAACAACUGGAUUUUGUGGAACUGCCUCACCACCAACACCAAAAGCUUGGGGGAGGUGGAGGAUAGAGGGGGCCCGAAGAGAAAGGGACUAAAAUGAACGAGACUAAGAAACAGAGGAACAUGGCUACGGGGGAAACGGGUCAGGGGCCGGGUGAGCUGCAAAUGGCCCCCUCUAUGAACAACCAUAGCCAGCAUGACAGCGCCGAUACCGACGACGAGAACGUCAGGUCGGUGUCACUGUACCGGCGCAGACCCCGGUUAUUCCACGGCACGGUUUUGCCCUUCUUGGGCGUGCUGUACCCAGGCUGGUUGUACGUGUGGCUCGGAGUUUACGGUGCUUCCGAGUACCCGGAGGCAGGCCUGCUGGCUCUUGCGGGCAUCGGGAUCGUGCACGUCCUCACGGCGCUUUCCGGUUAUUGGUCCGUGCACGCGCAUUGUUGGCUCACCUGCUCCAAGGAGCCCAACCCCGACAAGGCAACUCUGGCCAAGGUUAUUCCAACACCCAACAACGGUUCUCCUGAGCUGGUUCCACUGCAGAGAGAACAGGACGAGAACGGGGAGGGCAUCCUGUCCUUUGAGUUCCAGAAGAUCCGCUACAUUUUUGACAGCAAGGAGAAGAAGUGUUUCCUCCCUGUGUCCUUCCCUGUCCGACAGCCAAUGGGCUACUUCCAGGGCUGGCGAGGCUACCAGGAGGAGACGGACCUGCGCACCGCAGAGAAGCGCUACGGAACCAACCGGGCAGAGAUGGUGGUGCCUGACUUCCUGGAACUCUUCAGGGAGAGAGCCACUGCUCCGUUCUUUGUCUUCCAGGUGUUUUGUGUGGGUCUGUGGUGUUUGGAUGAGUACUGGUACUACAGCGUUUUCACCCUCUUCAUGCUGGUCGCCUUCGAAGCCUCCCUGGUCCAGCAGCAGAUGAGGAACAUGUCUGAGAUACGACGGAUGGGGAACAAACCCUAUAUGAUCCAGGUUUACCGCAACAGGAAGUGGAGGCCGGUGUCCAGUGAUGAACUGGUCCCCGGGGACAUCGUCUCAGUGGGCCGCUCACCCCAGGAGAACUUGGUUCCGUGUGACGUGCUGCUCCUGAGGGGGCGUUGUAUCGUGGAUGAGGCCAUGCUGACAGGAGAGUCCGUUCCUCAGAUGAAGGAGCCAGUGGAGGACCUGGUCCCGGAGAGGGUGUUGGACCUAGAGGGGGACGCCCGUCUACACAUCAUCUCUGGGGGGACGAAGGUGGUGCAGCACAGUCCCCCCCUGCGUGCCAGCGCUGGACUCAAACCUGUGGACAAUGGCUGUGUGGCAUACGUGUUGAGAACCGGCUUUUAUACUUCUCAGGGUAAACUGCUGAGGACCAUCCUGUUCGGAGUAAAGCGGGUGACGGCCAACAACCUAGAGACCUUCAUCUUCAUCCUCUUCCUCCUGGUGUUCGCCAUUGCUGCGGCAGGCUACGUCUGGGUGGAAGGAACCAAGGACCCAAGCAGGAAUCGCUAUAAGUUGUUCCUGGAGUGUACUUUGAUCUUAACCUCUGUGGUUCCUCCGGAGCUUCCUAUUGAACUGUCUCUGGCAGUCAACACGUCCCUCAUCGCUCUGGCCAAGCUCUAUGUGUUCUGCACGGAGCCCUUCAGGAUCCCCUUCGCUGGCAAGGUGGAGGUGUGCUGCUUUGACAAGACGGGCACGUUGACCAGCGACAGCCUGGUGGUACGAGGAGUGGCGGGCCUCAGAGAGGGGAAGGAGGUGAUGCCGGUGUCCGAGAUCCCAGUGGAAACGCAUCGGGUGGUUGCCACGUGUCACUCACUGGUAACCCUUGAUGACGGACAGCUAGUUGGAGACCCUCUGGAGAAGGCCAUGCUAACUGCUGCUGACUGGACCCUGACUAAAGAUGAGAAGGUUUUCGCUCGUGGUAUCAAAACCCCAGGUCUGAAGAUUCACCAACGCUUCCACUUUGCCAGUGCUCUUAAGAGAAUGUCUGUCCUGGCCUCCUAUGAGAAGCUGGGCUCCACAGACCUGUGCUAUGUAUCCGCUGUGAAAGGCGCGCCGGAGACCCUCCGCCACAUGUUCUCCGGGCGUCCGGCCAGCUACGAUCAGGUCCACCAGGAGAUCUCCAGGGAAGGGGCCAGGGUGUUGGCCUUGGGCUACAGAGAGAUCGGACACCUCAGCCACCAACAGGUGCGCGAGGUCACUCGCGAUGCUCUGGAAUGUGACCUUCAGUUUGCUGGCUUCAUGGUUGUGUCCUGUCCCCUGAAGACCGACAGCAAGGCGGUCAUCAGAGAGAUCCAGGAGGCAUCUCAUCAUGUGGUAAUGAUAACAGGUGACAACCCACUGACAGCGUGUCACGUGGCCAGAGAGCUCCACUUCAUCCAGAAGGAACACACACUCAUACUGCAGGCAGACCACAACCACGGUGAGUGGCAGUGGGAAUCUAUAGAUGGCAGUGUAUGUGUUCCGUUGCCCCCGUCUUCUGUCCCCUCAUUGGUCAGUCAGUAUGACCUGUGUGUGACUGGGGAGGGGCUAGCCAGACUGACCAAUGACACGCGGUUGCUCCACGCCCUCCUGCCACAUGUCCGGGUUUUUGCCCGGGUCAGCCCUAAGCAGAAGGAGUUUGUAAUUACUAGUCUUAAAGGAUUGGGUUACACAACGCUGAUGUGUGGAGACGGAACCAAUGACGUGGGAGCCCUCAAACACGCCCAUAUUGGAGUGGCUCUGCUGGCCAAUGCCCCAGAGCGGAUGCCUGAAAGGAAAAAGAAAGGCAGAGAGAAGGAGGCGCCGGCGGCUGACUCCAGACCCCCCAUACCCCCCGUCUCCAGCUCAGGGGUCAAGCUGACCUCCAGGGCAGCCAGGCAGAGGGUCAUGGCCCAGAGAGAAGAGCAACUAGCUGCACAGAAGGAGAGGAUCAGCCAAGUGUUGAGGGAGCUCGAGGAGGAUCAGAUCCAAGUGGUGAAGCUAGGAGAUGCCUCCAUCGCUGCCCCGUUCACAUCCAAACUGUCCUCCAUCCAGUGCAUCUGCCACGUGAUAAAGCAGGGCCGCUGCACUCUGGUGACCACCCUGCAGAUGUUUAAGAUCCUGGCGCUGAACGCCCUGGUGCUGGCCUACAGCCAAUCUGUUCUCUACCUGGAGGGGGUGAAGUUCAGCGACUUCCAGGCCACCCUCCAGGGACUGCUGUUGGCUGGCUGCUUCCUUUUCAUCUCCAGGUCAAAGCCCCUGAAGACCUUAUCCAAAGAGCGGCCCUUACCCAACAUCUUCAACCUGUACACCAUUCUGACGGUGCUGCUGCAGUUCUCCGUUCACUUCUGUAGUUUGGUCUACCUGUACAAAGGUGCUCAGAGCAGAAGUCCUCCAAGGGAGGAGCGUUUUGCCGACCUGUACAAGGAGUUUGAACCCAGUCUCAUCAACAGCACUGUGUACAUAAUGUCUAUGGCCAUGCAGAUGGCCACUUUUGCCAUUAACUACAAGGGUCAUCCUUUCAUGGAGUCCCUGAGAGAGAACAAGCCUCUUUUGUGGAGUAUUGCCCUGUCAGGCCUGGCCAUCGUGGGCCUGCUCUCAGGAUCCUCUCCAGAAUUCAACGAGCAGUUUGCUCUUGUAGAUAUCCCAACAGAGUUCAAGCUAAUCAUUGCCCAAGUCCUGGUAGUAGACUUUGUCGCCGCCCUGCUGGUCGACCGCAUUCUGCAGUUCCUCUUGGGCAAAGGAACCUUGAGGCUGCCUUCCUGAAUCACCAAUGCCGACAGCUACACUGAGCGACCAGGGUUGCCCUCAGCAACCGAACUGCAGAGGGGGAGAGGACUUAUGGGAGAGGGGACAAGACAGGAGGCUGUUGUGACGCACAAGCUGAGACAGCUGAGGUGGACUAGACAUGGAUGGCACGCUGUUUUGCUGCAACACACCCCCUAAAAGUUCCCCCCCCGGUUCUCCUCUGUUCCUCCCUCACUAAUGGAUUUCAACUUUUAGUUUGUUUUAUGAUUUAGACAAAACAUUGCUUCAAGUAGUAUUUGGCUCUUUCUAAUUCUUUGAGUGUUUGAUCUGAGCUUGCCCGGGGGUGCCGAAUCGGUGCGGUUUGCAAUUUUGGGAUUGUUCUGUUGCCCUGUGCAAACUCGCUCGUGUGCAGCUAAAGUUUUUGAAAGAAGACAAAUGCUUCUGUAGCCCUGUUGUAGUUACCGACUUUGCCUCUCUUUCUUCUUGUUUCAUCCCUCCCUCCCUCUCCCACUAUAGGCCAAGAAGACAGCAGUAUUGUGUGGAGUUUGAGAUUGUGUGCUGGCUCAUGUGAAGCAUGCGUGUGCGCAUAUAUAUAUAUAUGCGCGCACACACACACACACAAAACAGGGGCAUUCUCCAAGAGAACUGCAAAGUGUUCGUUUUUUUUCCAUUUGUUUUUUCUUCAUUUUGUAAAAAUAUAACUCUUGCAGACUUAUAAAAGACCAAAAAAUGUAAA